AUGGCAACUCUUGAGAAAAAACUGAUUGCACCAGUUGCAGAAGAGGAAACUGUCCCAAACAAUAAGACCACUGUCUGUCCAACAGGACAAGUCGAUAUGGCAUGUGCCAUCAGCGUUCUAGGAAAGUCUCUGGUUGAUGAACUUGCCCUUGUGGUUUUGGAAGAUAAACUCAAAGGAGAAAUGAUGCAUCUGCAACAUGGGAGCUUAUGUUUUCAGACACCUAACAUUAUGGCAGAUAAAGAUUACUCUGUGAUUUCCAAUUCUAAGACUGUGGUGGUAACUGCAGGAGUCCUCCAGCAGGAGGAAGAGAGCCGUCUCAAUCUGGUGCAGAGGAAUAUUAAUGUCUUCAAAUGUAUUAUUUCUCAGCUAGUCAAGUACAGUCCUGACUCCACCAUAAUUGAGGUUUCCAGCCCAGUGGAUAUUCUCACAUAUGUUACCAGGGAAUUAAGUGGGCUACCCAAGCACCAUGUGAUUGGAAGUGGGUGUAAUAAUCUGAAUUCUGCUAGAUUUUGUUGUCAUGUGGCUGAAAAAGUUGGCAUCCUUCCCAGAAGUUACCGUGGAUGGAUUUGGGGAGAACAUGGCAACUCAAGCGUGUCUGGGUGGAGUGGAGUGCAUGGAGGGGUUUCUCUCCAGGAACUGAAUCCAGACUUGGGAGGAGGCAGUAGCAGUGAAACUUGGAAGAAGGUUGAAAGUACCUAUGAUGUCAUCAAGCUAAAAGGAUAUACCAACAGGGCUACUGGAUCAAGUGUGACUGAUCUCACUGAAUCCAUGUUGAAAAAUCUAUCCAGGAUUCAUCCAAUGUCCACAAUGGUGAAGGAAAUGUAUGGCACUGAGAACGAAGUCUUCCUGAGCCUUCCGUGUUUCCUGAACGCUCAGGGAUUAACCAGCGUUACCAACUGGAAGCUGAAGGAUGAUUUAAGGGGCAGAGAGACCUUAUGGGUCAUCCAGAAAGACCUAAAAUUGACCUGUGACUUCUGGCUUCUGGGCUGUAGAAAUUUAAACCCUACAACGUGA